CUAAGCCUGAGCUGGCGCGUGUAAUGCUUUUACUACUCCUAGACUGCCUCCAUAGUCGUUUUCCUCUUCUUCUUCGAGCUCUUCUUCUAAACCCUAAUUCGAAGGGUUUACUGAUAUAUACUAAUUUAUCAUUACUGUCAUAAAUGAAAUUGGGGGAUUCGUUACAUUCGUAGACAAUCGCAGGGCCAGUAGGAGAAUGGGUCAGGCAUUUCGUCGAGCAUCUGGAAGAUUGCGUGCAACUUCGAGCACUGAUGCGACGGUGUCUUGGUCGACCCCCAAGAACGUCGUUGAUAGGAAGCCUCCGACAGUUACAACCACCAUCAAGGAAGAGAUCCCCAAAGCCGGCGAGCUUGGGGCCGCCCCCGAUUCUGAUGCAACUUUGGGAAGAAAUGCUGAUAAUGUACUUGAAGAACGAGACCCGAAAUUCGAUGCCAUGCUUGGUCAGAUGGUGGGUAGAAUCAAAACUAAGCCUGGUGGAAAACUGGAAAUGGGUGAGGCAUUUGUGGUGGAACAGUACAAGAGACCGCUGCCGAAACUGCGAAACACGAAACCAGAUUACAGCUCGAUUGAAGGUGCGCUGACUCCUUCUGGAACCCUAAAUGUUGCUCAGCUUCGUCACAUUGUUCUUCUGCAUGAAGGUAAGACUGCUGAUCACAACGGAUCCAUGAGCGUUCAACAAAUUGCCGAAAAAUUUCGUGUUGAUGUUGCAGAGGUUCAAAAGAUCCUGCAGUUCAUAUCACUGCCUCCAGAGGAGGAGAAGAAGAAAGAUGGGAACAGAUUUUGAUUACUUGGUCGCUUCGUCUCACCCUUCUGCUCAACUAACAGAUUUCAUAAUAAAGAUGGCUUGUAAGGCUUUGAGAAUUUUCUUUUCUUUACAAAAUUUGUUUGAUAUCUUAUUCAUAUUGAAUAUAGAGAAGUACUAUAAAAUGGGUAUCUGCCAUGUGUUUUGUUGAACAUGUAGAAAAAAUUUUGCUCCAAAUUAUAUCAGUUAUUCAAGUUAUCAAGCCAA